AUGUCAUCCGGUGGGCAUUCAUCGGUGGUCGUUGGGGUGGUCGGAGUAGUCGAUGUGGUUGGAGUCGUAGGCGUAGUUGGCGUUGUAGGCGUAGUUGGCGUUGUAGGAGAGGUCGGAGAAGUCGGAGUAGAUGCUGAAGUCGGUGUUGUGGGCGUUGUAGGAGUCGUAGGAGUAGUCGGAGAAGUUGGAGUGCUCUCAGAAGUCGGAGUAGACUCUGAGGUUGGCGUUGACGGCGUCGUCGGGGUCGUGGGUGUUGUUGGGGAGCUUGGGGAACUCGGAGUAGACGCUGAGGUUGGCGUUGAGGGUGUUGUCUCUGUCGUGGGAGUCGAUGGCGUCGAAAUUGUUGUAAUAAUCCGCAAAAAGUCGGGUGUCCCGGUAGUCUGCGUAGUUUGCAUAGUCGGAGAGGUUUCCGGGCUCGUAGCCAUCGCUGUAGCCAUCGUUGUAGUGCAAUCUCCACAAGUUCUAGCGCAUUUCUUUGGGGUUGGGAGUGUCGUCUCCCUUGCAGAAUCCACAAGUUUUCCGGCAUUUUUCAGUCUGCAACUUUUUUUAUGA